UGUGCAAUCUCAUUUUUAUACGUUUAUAAUCGCUUGUCGCUAAUAUUAUCUCUUGUGUUACGCGCUUAGUUUGGCCAGCUAUGCACCUGUCAAAACGCUCGCUUGCCAUGAUUGAGAACCGAAAAGGCAGUUUUCUCAUCACAGCUAGCCGGCUAGCAGCGCAGCUUACAUAGAUAAUGUUUAAAUGAGGGCGCAUUGGAACGGAACUAACUUAGUGUUCCUUUCUUGUCAAAUAGAACAACCAUAUGAUGUAUUUACAACUUGUUGUCAGUGUUUUAACAUUGUUUACCUACCGCUGUUGAGUUAGCAUUGCCUAUGCUAAUGUCUUUCAUGUAAACAUCGGUAAUACUUUUUACAUACUCAUGCGGUAUUUUUUUAAAAUGGGAAACGUACAAAGUACAUAAUGUCUACAUGGUGCCAAGAAAGCUUUUAUUAGCACCACAUUCGACGUAAGUAACAUUACAGUAGGGAUAUAAACGCGUUUCAGUGGAUUGUAUGUUGUGUUGGAGGUAAAUGAAGUGGCGCAUGAUUAUCUGUCAAGUUCAAGACGUCAGAAGUGCGUUUUAAAUAUGGUCAAAAGUUUCCGGGUGUCCGACCUGCAGACACUGCUGGCCUCCAUGGGCCGUAGCAAGAGCGGCUUAAAGCAGGAUCUGGUGGGCCGGGCGUUGAGGCUGGUCCAGACAGAAUACAGCCCCGAGCUGCUCAAGAACGUGCGACAGCUCUACGAGUCGCGCUUCCCCAGAACGUCCGGAUGGCUGGCGGCGCGGCGACCGGAGGGCAUCCCUGUUUCUUAUUCCUCCCUCAAUACGGCCCCGUCUGCCACCUCUCAGGGCGUUGAAUACAUCAACGGCAUCUCCAAACCAAUGGCCACGGCGGCACCGGAGGUCAAACUGGUGCCGCUGCCCUUCUAUCAGACUUUGGAAACACUGCUGCCACCUACAGAGCUCAUUGCCCAGAAUAACGAGAAACUGCAAGACAGUCAGUGCAUAUUUGAUUUAACACCAAGUCAAGCAGACCAAAUCAGAAACGCAAGCGAAAUUCGCCCAGGAAUUAGAUCGAUCCAAGUGGUUCUUAGAAUAUGUUACACGGACUCCAUUGGGGUUCAGGAGGACCAGUACCCUCCCAACAUCGCUGUUAAAGUCAACCAGUCUUAUUGUCAUGUUCCUGGCUACUAUCCGUCUAACAAGCCUGGUGUGGAACCCCGCCGGCCUUGUCGCCCUGUGAACAUAACUCCUUGGUUGCAACUUUCCACCGUCACCAACAGAAUCACUGUCACCUGGGGAAACUUUGGAAAGCGGUACUCGGUGGCCGUGUACUUAGUGAGGAUGUUCACUGCGGCCGACCUUUUCAGCCAGCUCAAACUCUGCUCCGUUGAGAGUGCAGAGCGCUGUCGCGAGCGCAUUCAAGACAAGUUACGUUUUGACCCGGAGAGUGAGAUUGCCACUACAGGUCUUCGGGUUUCGCUCAUUUGUCCACUGGUAAAGAUGCGGAUCGGCGUGCCGUGUCGAGUUCUAACCUGCGCCCAUCUACAGUGUUUCGACGCAGUCUUCUUCCUGCAGAUGAAUGAGAAGAAGCCCACGUGGACCUGCCCUGUGUGUGACAAGCCGGCUCCCUUUGAGCUGCUCACUAUUGACGGGUUGAUGUCCGAGAUCCUGAAAGAGACAAACGAGGAUAUCGAGGAGAUCGAGUACCUGACUGACGGUUCCUGGCAACCCAUCACCGACGACAAGGAGAAGGAAAAGGAAAGAGAACGCAGCGACACGCCGGAGUUCUCCAUGGUCGAUAUGUGUGUUCCCGAGACAAACGGCCACUCGCCAGCCCACAGCAGCACCAGCCUGUCAGGCAAAUCCGGAGGGGGCGCCACGGCGGGCGUCGUCAGCGGAGGGCCCGCCGCGCCGCCCGGAGGCGUGGUGGUGGAUCUGACUCUUGACUCGUCCUCUGAGGAGGAAGGUGGCGGGGGUGGCGGCGGCGACAGCGAGGACACUGAGGACAGCGCCGACAGCCCCGCCACUAAGAGAGGCCGCUACAACUACGACAAGGACUUGGUCACCGCGUACUGACCCCCGCAGCUACUCUUCAACCCCUCCCUCGUCCCCUCUCACGGCUUUGACAAGGAGGGGGUUGAAAGCACGGAAAAUGGAACAGUAAUACACUAGACACAGUGACCCCCCCUCCCCCUCCUCCCUAUCAUCAAAAAACAUCACAGCCUUUUAGCAGUUCCACACUCGCGUAACAAACCUUCAGUCUAGCGUCGUCAAGAUUCCCGUUUGCACUCGACUUGACCACUGGAAGCCGACAACUUUUGGCUCAACAUCAUCCUGCAGCCAAUACUGUACUUCAAUGAGAGAAUUUCAAUGCAUUGCCCCCUCCCCUCAACUUCCUACGAACCCCUUUCUUGAUUGCUGUCUGACCAGGAAGAAAAAGCUCUCCACAGCACCGUGCAUCCGAUUUUUGGCACAUUUGAGCUGUUUGUGCUACUCAGUUCAAGGUGGAAUGGAAGAAAAAAAGAAAAAUGGCAAAAGAAUAAUAUGAACGUGAUGCAAACCUCUCUUGUGGCAUGUUUUUUUUUUUUUUUUUUUUUUGGUUAGAAUUUAAUUCAUUUUAAUUUUCAGUGAAGAUCAUCACUGACCCGGAUGUGUGAAAAUUUCCAUUCCCUUGGUUAUUUUAUUUUGCCCCUUUUUAGAUUGAGAAAAAAAAGAAAAACUACCUCAGUCAUUACACUCUCAGCAGACUAAUCUGAACGAGUAAAGGACAGACUCUGAUGGCCAUUUUACACUGGAUUUUUCUUUUUUUUUCUAUAUUUUUAAUUACAUUAUUCUAUGCAGGUCAUCUUUAGUGGCAUCAGCGCUGUUGGCUUGCUUCUACUUUUGAGAUCUCACAGGAAAUGGUUGAAGUACUGCAGCCUUUAGCUGUACAGUUAGCAGGACAGGCGCUCUGCUCUGCUUGUUCCUCUUUAUGCGGAAGUAUCUAAAUUAUUCACAAAUGCUGUUAUCCUCUCCCACUUUCCUUGCAUUUAUGUACAUUCGAUUGCAUUGUUCAGUUAAUGAACCUUGUGUGUGGUUUGGAGCUUGAGCUGUCUUCAUCUUCAUGACUUUGCUGUUUUGCAGUGGCUUUCAAAUGUCUUGACUAAUCCAAACACAAGCAACGUCCUCCACCCGCAAUCCUCCAGUUCAACUCUCAUAGGACUUUUUAAAAUUGGGACCCGGAGCCGUUUGCACACUUUUUGUUUAUUACUUUAAAGCCAUUGGGUAGUGAGUAUUCCUCCAAACACCUGCCACAGCACAAGGACCAGGAAUUGGGAACGUUGGACACUCGUUGGGCCUAACAGGGAAUGUUGAUAACUCGAUUUGGAUUUUGGUUGUAAAAUUAGUUUAAUCUGAUCUUCCAGCUCGUUUUCUCACCCUCACUCGUUCCUCAUAAUCUGUCUAUCCAGGUUAUUCUCGGAAGUCCCCACCGGUGUAGAUUUGCUUCUAUGGAACUGAGCCAGAUGUUUUUUUUUUGGGCGAGUGCGAGGGGCCGGGUGUCUGGUUGUGACUACAGUACGUUGUGGCAUCUUUUACGGUAAAUGCAUAAGGUUGCAUGGACAGAUGCUUACAAUCCAUGAUGUAAAUGUUUUUCUUUUGUUGUCGUUUUUUUAUAUGUUCAUAUUAAAAGUCAAUAAAAUUUAAAUGAUAUUUUA